UAUUACUCUUGACCUCCGCUAAGGGGCAGUAAGGACAAACAUAGGUACUUCUUCAGCACCGGAAGUGAUUUUUGAACGUGAGCCGGAAAAAACAGCGAAGCAGAAACAAACUCUCCGGCGGGCUGAGCUGCAGGUUACACACGAAAACAGUGGCGUGUAAAGUGGGUGAGGUUCAGCACACCUGUACGGCGCUCAGCCCUAACCUCCGCUCCCCUCCAGGUGUUGCUAUGGAUCCGUCGGAUGUGUGUGUGUUCUCGGUCAGCCCCGCGGCCCGCGUGCUGGCCAGGUGUGUGUCCCGAGGAGCUCUGAGUCAGGAGGCCGUGGACUCGGCGUGCCGGCAGAGCCGCUGCGUCUCCUGGGAGCUGCAGGAGGCCGAGGAGCAGAUGGGGCUGAGGAGGCGACUGGACCAGCUGCAGCUUCAGCUGGAGCUCCUGAAGGCCGAGCAGGAGAACGCAGACGUCACACACACCUUCCACCUCAGUGGAAGGUUCCAGGUGCUGCAGGACGUGUCCCGUCACCUGCAGCAGGUGCUGCAGCAGCACAGCAGCCUGAGCCAGAGACUGAUGAGGCCGCUGGCCCGCAGCAGCCUGCCGGUGCAGGCCCAGCUGCACAGGUGCGUGGUGCAGGUCGUGAAGAUGCAGCUGGACUUCAUCAGGAACCUGGAGGAGAACCUGAGCACCGUGCAGAGCCGCGCCUCCUGCAGCGACGCCGCCUCUCAGCUGAGCUCCUCUGUGGUGCGGCUGCUGGCUCAGGUCGUGGAGGUACAGAAUCUGUCCAAUCAGAUUCUUCGCUGGAAGGAAGUGAGCGGCAGCGUGCUGACGGAAAGCUCCGCCUCCUCGGAGCAGACAGGAAGUCGUCUGAUUGGACAGAGUCAGAGCGGUGCGGGCGUCUGAGGUGGCGAGCGCCAGACGGCCUCUGACAGAAUAAAUGUGUUCUAUAACACACUGAUAAGACCAGUGACAGAGAGGGGAUGGGACCAGAGAAACAUCUGAAACAUUAGAGAUGGAAAAAAAUCAUCUUUAUGUUUUUAUUGCGGUGAAAUAUUUCCUGUUUGUUAUUUUUAUAUCAUUACACGACACCUUAUUUUGAUGGAGGCCCUCACUUCCUGUUCCCGAGCCUUCCAAACGGCUCCCACGUCACAUGACAGACUGGUCUGCGGCUGAUUGGCCGGCGAGGAAUGUUGAGGCCCCGCCCCCUCCGCUGCUCCGCCCUGUCACAGAGAAUCAGCAAAGACUUCAGUUCCCAGCAUGCCUUUCAACGUCCUGCAGGAAACCGCUCAUCUCCUCUUUCUGUUUGUUUGUUGGAGUGAAAGUCUUUCAGUUUAAAUAAAGUUUUCUUUCUCAUAAA